AGAUCUAGUAGAUUGGGUUCCAAGGGUUGGGCUAUCACCUUCAUUAACAAUACAGACAAAAGCAUAUUUACUGGGCUGGUUGAUCUUUUGGAGCCAUUAGGAGUAGAUCUUCCUGCACAGUUGCUCCAUCAUCGACAAAAUGAGGUGGAGAAAAGGAGGAGAAAGCGUAUGCUACAAGACAAAACUCCAAAAGUCAAUUAUCAUAAAAAGGAGUCCUUGCUUAGUCUUAUUCAAAGCAGUAGCAAGCGGAAACACUAAUCAUUUCAAUAUUAAUCAUAAUUCUGAUGGAAUCAUAAAGUGUCUAUUUCAUUCCCAACAAUUGUUCUACUUCUAUCAUGAUUUUAUAUAACUUUACGUCAAUCUUUUUUCUUUCUCUAUCGCUCCUUUAUCAGCUCUACUCUCAGUGUCUCUCAGCUAUAAGAGUGUGACCUCGUUACUGUUCCGUGUCACCUCUUUACACGAAUCUGAUUUGGCGGGGCUUAGCGGCGAUCACGCGAGUUUGGCGGGUAAAUUCAAAAGUGCUAAUUGUCGUAGUAGUUUUAUAGACAGUCACCGUCUCACCAUUUUUAAUAGUAGCCUAGCUCUGGCCCUCCUUUUCACUCGCUAUCUCUCUCCUGCCUUCGAUAUAACAUGAAUUCAGCAGCUACUAAUAUCGUCGUGACAGCUCCAAGCCUGUCUCCAGUCGGGACCUUUCCACACUUGACCUUUAAGUAUUCUCCAGCCCCGGGAACUCUCCAUCAUACUCCCAUCGCCGCUGGCUAUCAUUUCUCUCCUUACUCCUUCCCUCCUAUCUAUCUGGACACCAAGCCAGACUCCUUUAGCCCUGUCUUUCUACAGCAGCAACCCACCAAUGGAGGGAGCUCUUCUGACGAGGAGAAGCAGCAAAAUGGCAGUACCCCUGACCUCAUCGCUACUCCUCCAGCGCUUGCAGUUGGACCUGCCAUUUAUGCACCUUCUUCAGCACCAGUCCCUCCUUCUGCUACUGAUAAACCAGCUAAACACAAGGAGCAACUCGUUCCUUCAGCCGUCCUCACGGAGAAUCAGCUCUGGAAAGCUUUUGAUACUGCUGGGAACGAGAUGAUAGUGACUAAGCCAGGAAGGCUUCUCUUUCCAACCAUCUUAGUAACAGUCAGUGGCCUUGUCCCCACUAUCCAGUACUCUAUCAUGGUCCGAUUUGUGUCUGCCGAUAAAUAUAGACACAAAUACAUCACUGGUCAAUGGACUGCGGUCGGUGAGUCUGACAUCAUUCAUGAUGAGUCUAAGAUGCUCUUUAUUCAUCCGUCCUCACCUUGCUAUGGAGAGAUGUGGAUCAAGAAGCCGAUUAGUUUCAAAUCCAUUAAGAUCACUCAUCACAGUGAAAGCCAAAAUGGCAAUAUUCUGCUCCACACUAUGCAUAAGUACAGGAUUGAGGUAGUUGUCCAGCCUCACAAUGAUCAGUUAGGAGAAAUAGUCUUUCCACUGGCUCACUCAGAGUUUAUUGCAGUCACAUCAUACCAAAGCAGUGCUAUUACCAAGCUCAAAGUUGACAACAACCCAUUUGCAAAAGGUUUCAGGGACAGGGAGACCUUCAUAUCUCCAUACAGCCAAAGCUAUGCCCCAUUCCUCCCACCCUACACUCCAUUUGUCCACCCACUAUGGGCCAAUGUAACCAAUACACCAUCAGGAAUGUACCCAAACCCUCUUGCUCCAGUAGCCACAGUACCACCUACUCCUCAGAUAUUCUCAACUAGCAUGACAACUACAACUGUAUUGACACCAACCAGUAGUGUUCAGCCAUUGUUCCCUCCUUCUUCAACUGUUUUUCCAGUUGGGGCUUCAGCCCAGUCUUCUAUAGAUAAUGGAGCUACAGUCUUGGAGGUUGAUACUCCUCCAUCUGAUCUUCAGUCCCGGUCUUCAUCUACCAGUUCUAAAACUGAAGAUGAGGAAGAGUAUGAAAUUAUUGUUAAAGAAGAUGAUGAUGACAUUGUCGAUGAUGAUUAGCUUUAAAUGUACAUUUUCUCAACAAACUAUUAUAAUCAGCUUAUUUUCACUUAUAACCUCCACACUAAUCUAUAUAUUAGCUACUGAACCAACUGAUCUUUAACUUACACUUCUUUAACAUUAUCUCAGAUAAAUAUAUCUAUAUUAUAUAUAUCAUGCAUUUUAGCUGCUGUACAAUUGACAAGUUACUUGAUUGUGUUAUAGAAAUUAACCUAUUAUCAAU